UGAGCUUGACAUCUAGAUAAUAAAGAGUAUCAUACGUUGUGGUUGGUCAUCUAGAUGUAGGCCCAGCUUCCUUCUCGGACCGGGUAUUUGAGACUCUAAUUCUGAGCUUUAGACCAGGCUCGGUCAGAGGGGAGAGAGAGAGAGAGAGUGGAGACCUGGCUGCGCAGCUUGUGGAGCGCCAAUAAAAGCUUUGGCGUCUACUUUCUUUCUGGGUCUUCUGUACUAACUAUAUAUCAACAACCUCCUUCAACUUCAUAUUCGAUUGAUCUCUCGUGUAUGGCAUAGCAAUAUAUCUCCCCCUUAAUUUAUUCUGUGUGUUAGCACCAUAAUUUACAAUACUUAUUGCUCUCGCGCGGUCUCUUCCACCUUCAAAGCCCGCCAUGACUUUCGAACCUUUAGAUCAGGAGCAGCCAAAACUUCGCUUUCUCGGCUAAAAAGGUUUCUGCAAGACAGUUGUCCUCGCUAGUGGCUGAAAAAGUAGGGUUCAGACUUUUAAAGGACCACUUUGUCUUAAACAUGGGAAGGCACUUGGAGCGAACAAACUCUGGCGUUCAGUUUGAGGGAAGUCAUCCAGGGUGCGUGUGGGGUAUACUCCAUAUCCUUGACUACCACCAUUGGCAUAAUGCGAAAAAGAUGCGUCAACACAAAAAGCACGGAGGAUUAGGAAGACAUGCCAGUUGCAAAACUAAUGAACAAGCAACUUUAAAGAAGCGUGAUAAUGGAGUGCAAGAAUUUAUGGAUUCUGAAGGAGAACGCAUGUUGGUUGAACAGCAUGAUACGGAAAGUAGUCCUGCAAAGACCAACAGAAGAUCAGGCAAAGCUCAUAUAAAAGAAUCAAUUGCUAGAGAUAUGCCUAAGCAAAGCCACAGAUACUGGAAUUUGAGCUAUGCUGCACGAACAUGGUUUUGGCGAAUCAUUCCAAUUCAUCAUUUAGAGCAUGCAGACAAUUAUCUUGGUGAAAUGCAUACUGUUGGGGCAAAUCCAAUCAUUCCCUUGAAAAAAGUGCCAACACUUCUGCUUCUACCGGAUUGCAGACUUCUCUUUGUGACCCCCGAGGAACAGGAUAUAGGCCAUAAAAAGUUUGGAGUGUGGGAUACGAUGAAUGAUGUCAACUACUUGAGGCAUAAUCAGUCUGUUGGGAAGCAUGCAGUUUUUCCUAAAAUAUGUGAUGAGGGAUCAGAUGAUUUUGUACACCACAAUCUCGGGGAAUCUAACCAGCUCAAUAUAGAAGUUCCUAAUAACCAGUUUAAGGAGUGUUCCGAUGUUCUGGAGAUUUUUAAGAUACACAAGGAAUCUUUUCUAAAGAUUCUCCAGGACACAAACGUUGGUAUGAAGCACUUCCAGAGUCUGCAGAAUUCCAAACACAAAGCAAGGUUAACAAAGUCAGGAUCAUUUCCUCUAGCCAAUUCAUCAAGCAAAAAGUAUAUCAGUACUAGAACACUUGAACACAAGCAAAAUGAAAGCUGGUCCUUCCCAAAAGGAGAAAAGAUGCUUUCUUCCUCUCUAGUAUCAGAAUCUGAUUCAUCCGUAUCUCAAAGGUCAAUGCCUUCUAUGGCUGACAAUAAUACAGUAGGCGGUGCCAUGAGACAAGAAACAAACUCUUCUUCUCCGGAUUCAUCCCAGGGAUUAAUCCAUCGGGGUUGGAAUCAACAGGUUAUUAAUCAUUUCAAAGAAAUUAAGCAGAAAAUAUGGCAUGCGCUCAAGGAAAACAGAAAAGAAAGUAACCCCACGUCUAUGGAACCACUCAUUGAAAGGGAACCUUUUGGAAAAGAGAUCUCUGGAACGUCAAAGAUUUCCAUGUCCCAAGGUGGUAUAGACAACCCUGGAAGUUUUCAUGAGGGUAAUGGUUCCAAUUAUGAUCCCAGCAGGGGAAGACUAGGCUACAUACAAAGAACAUCGUCUCUAAACGAGUCUCUGGAUAGAUACACUGAGUUGUUUGAGCGCACUUUUGGUCAAGGUGCCAAGUGGCAUCACUCUAAGAGCCUAAAAUUGACAGAUGAAGGUAAGGUUCCAUCAAGUGGGUUUGCUUCAAAGUCCUUCAAAAGGAGACUCUCUCUGCCUGAUCUUGAUUACUUUUGCUCCUCUCUAAAUGAUCCAUCUAGAGAUUCUCUAAGUUCAGUUAUGCCAAUAAGGACAGCUGGGGAUUGCUGUACAAUAGUUGAAAAAAAUAAUCAUUGUGAACCAAAGUCAUUCAGCACUCUAGUUGAAGAACAAACACCUGAACCAAUACAUGCUGCUCUAGAGACUGAAUUUCAGAAAGAUAUGAUAAAUGGAAAUGACAGCGGUUGGAAUGUUUUAUCUUCAGCUGAUUUGACAGAGGAAAGAAAUCAUGAGGGAAAUGCUAAGACGGGCAACCUUAGUGACUUAACAGUUGGGAAAGGUAGCCUUCAACCGGAUCAGAUUUUUGGUUUGACAAUGAACCACAGCAGAGAGCUUGUAGGUUUUUCUACAAAGCUAGUAGAACCAGAUCCAGUUUCUGAUCUUCAAACUCGCUUUCCAGAUGAUCUAAACAACCUUGCAGAGUUUCCAAUAUAUGAAGGUCCCGCGUCAAGUCCUAUGGACAUUCAAAUGGAUGAUCCAGAUGCUUCUGUUGACCAACAAAUCAUGUCCAACACAUAUUCUUUACCUGUGGUUUGCAGCAUAGUAACUCCUGAGACUACAGAAGAAACAAAUAUGAAUACUGAGGAUCAAAUCCUGCACUUUAAAUUGGGUGAAUCGGAUGAAGCUGACUUCAACUAUGUUAGAGUUGUUCUUGAGCUGUCGGGCUUCAUCAAGAAUGAGAACCUUGGGACAUGGCACUCACUAGACCAACCAUUGAGUCCCUUAUUGUUCAAGGAAUUGGAGGCUUUCUUGCACCCUGAACUCGAGGAUUAUGAAGAGGACGUUGAUGGAAGUUGUGAUCACCAGAUCCUAUUUUAUUUAAUCAACAAUACACUUCUUGAGAUAUAUGAGAGAUCAUUCACCUACUUCCCGAGGGCCUUCACCUUUAACCGCCACAUCCGUCCAAUGCCUAGGGGGCACCAUCUUCUGGAGGAGGUAUGGGCAAAGAUUAGCUCGUACCUGAGCUUGAGGCCAGAGCUGGACCAGUCAUUGGAAGAUGUUUUGGCUCGAGAUUUGGCAAAGGGUGAUGGUUGGAUGAACCUCCAAUUUGAUAAUGAGUGUGUGGCACUUGAGCUAGAGGAUUUGAUUCUUGAAGAAUUAUUAAAUGAACUUGUAUGCUCUUGAGAUUCUUGAGCCACAUCAAGGUCAUUCAUUGUUUACGCCGGCUGCUUCCCUGUACCUAAAAUUUUGUUUGCAGUGCAUUGUAUAUACCUUUAUUCUUCCAGCAUUCUUGGAUUUCAUUUUUUUUUUUACCAUUGUAGCAAUAGGGAAAGGCAGACAUUCAGUUUUUUGAAAUUCAUGUAGGCAUAGUUGGUUGGAUAAAGGUAUGGCUUCAGUAAUAGUGAAACUCUUAUGUAUAAUCUGUGUAAUUACAAAUGUGAUGUAAGUUAUGUUAGCCACCCCCCCCCCCCC